UGGUGAAUGAUUGUUUAUUUAGUAGAAAAAGAAAGUGACAUUAUAUAUAAUAGCACAUGCAUGUACGAAAAGAGUGGAAGCAGCAAGAGAAAGAGAGAAACCCAAAGAGACGCGCCACUAAGAAUAAGAAACCCCUCCCCUCCCCUCUAAGAAAAUUAGGUUUGGUCUUUGCACUUUUUCAGUGCAUUAUUAUUUCUUGCGCACUGUAUAGUAUACUAUAUGAGAUGCAGCAAUUUCAUUACUCCUUUAAUUAAUUUAACAAGCCAACUAUAAUCAAUCAUUGUUCAGUCCUCCAAAUAUGCUACCAUGCAUGCAUAUGAUAUGUUACAUAUAUAGCUAGCUGUCUCACUGUCUCUCACUAUGGAGAAAGAAGGAGAGGUCAGUAAAGAGCAAGUUGCUGGGCCUCUGCCUCCACCUCCACCUCCGCCUCGACCGCCACCACAGCAUAAAUGCCCACGGUGUGAUUCAGACAACACCAAGUUCUGCUAUUACAACAACUACAGCCUGUCACAGCCUCGAUACUUGUGCAAAGCAUGUAAGAGGUACUGGACACAAGGUGGAACCCUCAGGAAUAUUCCUCUUGGUGCUUCCAAGAACAAGAUCAAGAACAAGCCCAACAAGCGUACCUUCAACACUGCUACUACUACUUCUUCUUCCUCCUCCGGCAAACUCUAUUAUCAGCAUCAUGCUGCUGGUUCUACUGCAUCAUCAUUAUCAUCGUCAGCAGCAGCAUCAUCAGGGAGCAGCAUGGCAGAAUAUACAACUGCUGCUGCUUCUCACCUUCAUCAUCAAUGGCCCUCUCAUGCCAACUACUCUUUCUGGAGUACUACUGUCUGCACCACUUCUUCCAUAAGCGCUAAUAAUAAUAAUAACAACUCUUCUGAGUCACAGACCAAUAUCAUGCCAAGAACAGCAGCUUCUUCUUCUCCUUCUUUCAUCACACCAAAUCAAUGGCCACAUCUCAAAUGGAACCACCCUAUGCCUCCUCCAUGAUUGCAUUGCAUUGCACCAUCUCCAUCAUCAUAUUAUUAAUUAUUACCAGUUUACCACCUAAUGUUUAAUUUCGU